AUUAAACAGCAAGACAAUUUUUAUUGUAAUAAGACAGACUUGGUUAAUAAAUUAUUCCAGAAGUCGUAGCGAGCGGGUGAUAGUGAGAGAAAAUUGCAAAGCCACAUCUUGCUCCAAUGUUACAGCAUUUGGAUGGUUGGUUUACUGAUGUUUUCAUCGGGAUACCCCACUGAGCCUAAUAAAGUCUACAUCUGUUUCAUUGGGAGCUAGAGUUCAGUUUCUGUGGGAACCCGGUGAUAGCAGGUGAACUUUGCCCCGAAGAGGAGCCAACACAACAGGAAGCGGAGCAAAUUCCUGACUGUCCCCGCAAGAGUCGACGACGAGGUUUGGUGACAUGGAUCAAUCGAGCAGCAGCGCUAACGGGGGAAGUGGACCUUCCCCUCCACCGUACAGCCCACACUGUGAAGAAAAUUCCUACACAGGAACAUUAUAUCAGGUGGGGAAGGGCAAUAUUGUUGUGGUCUCCCCUCCUGGCUUCUACAGCAACACGGCUCAUCCUGAACACCCAGCCGAGUUUGGAGGCAAUCAGCACCACGAUCAAACUCCACUGCCGUACUCGUUCGGAUCACAGGCCGAAUCAGACGAUAGCAGCUUCAGCAACGACGCAAUACGAAGAGGGAUACACUCAGGAACUGGGUUUGGGAUAACUACUGGUUCUCCUUCACAAUGAUGUCAGUGACGCUGGUGCUCAUCGUGGCCUUGUCCUGCUGCGGCGACGUUCGUCGUCAAGUACCCCUCAAUUUUAUAGCCCUGGGCCUGUUUACGCUUGCGGAGGGCCUGAUGCUUGGAUCGGUGGCAGUGUACUUUGACGUUGAAGCGGUUCUGUGGGCGAUGGCUGCAACGGCCCUGGUUUCCUUUGGCAUGAGCCUGUUUGCGAUGCAGUCAAAGUGGGACUUCACGCUUGGAGCUGGGUUCAUGUGGGCGUUAGCCUGGUCCUUCAUUUCCUUCGCCCUGCUGUGUGCAAUCAUCCGAUCGCAGUAUAUUUACAUCUUUUUCUCCUUCCUGGGAACCCUGCUGUUCUCCUUGUACCUGGUGUUCGACACUCAUCUCAUCCUGGGGGGGAAACACAGGAAUUACGAAAUCUCUCCCGAGGAGUACGUGUUUGCAACGCUCAACCUGUACCUGGACAUCACCACCUUGUUCCUCUUCAUCCUGCAAUGCAUCGGUCUCUGCCGCUGAUCCUGAACCUCCACCAGCUUUCUGAUCAACCAUUUUACAUACAUAAAGAAUUGUGUUAUUGAUUUUAAA